AUGACUGAAAUGACUUGUAUGUCAGGCAAAGAUAAUGAGGAGCAGAACAUGGAAAUAAAUAACAGAAGUAUGAACAACUCUCUGUUGCCAAGUAAGGACACUCAUGAAGGUAAAGUACCAGAUCAAUUACUGGGAGUGCAACACAUUUGUGAUAACACGACACCAUGUGAUAUCAAUGGAACAGCAUGUGAGCAUAAUAGUACUGAUCUCAAUAAUAAAGUUCAUCGAUGUGCUCCCAGAACAGAACUGCACAGAGAAAUGAAUUCUAAUUAUGUCACAUCAAUCAAGACAAAGAAAGAUUCAAUGCCUACGAACUGUAGUGCAGAACAUCUUGGAAGGAAAGGUAAAAUUCUUCUGUUUGUUGCUGAUGUUGAUUGGCUGCGUAAACAAUUAGAAAAUGAGGAAACAAGUGAAAAUCAAAACAUGACAACCAACCAACCUGAUAAUCAAGGUAAAAAAGAAACAGUGAACAUUAAAGGCAAGACAAGCACAAUUGAAGUAUGUGAUGUGCAGCACGAGGUACAGUAUGAAAAUCAGGAAAUGUCUAACUCAGAAAAAGAUGUUGCAAAUUUGUGUCAGAAAGCAAGUGAUGAGACUGAGUACUUACAAGAUCAUGCAGAAUUAGGUGAAAUAAAUACAAUGUUAUGUAAUGAGAGUGGUAUGACAAAUGACAAAAAAGCUAACCUGACAGAUCAGAAACUUGAUAUCCAUGAUGGAAAUGACAAAGAACAUAUUUUGUCACCUCUCGGGAAUGAAUCAUUAAGUGAUGUGAUAGCAUCAUCAGAUGGUCAAGAACCGCAGUUCACUUUAGAAAACAAUGGAGAGAAUGCCAAGUUAUCUAUUGAAAGUGCAGCAACAAAUGACAUCCAGGUUUUACUAGAAGAUGAAAAGUAUGUGGCUCAAACAGACAUGGAACAUCUGGUGCCACUUUUAAAUAGUGAAACAAUUGAUAAUAUAACAACAUCAGAAGACAAGGAAACACAAUACAUUGCAGAAAGGAGUAACGGGGAUAUGACGUUAUCAGUUGAGAGUGAAAUAGAAAAUUACAGUCAGGUUUCACUGAAAGAUCAAAAAUACGUGGCCCAUACAGGAAAGGAUGUGGAAGAUCUGAUGGCGCCUAUCAAGAGUGAAACAACAUGUGAUGACAAAAAAACAUCACAAAACAAAACAAUGCAACCCAUUACAGAAAAUGAUGAGGACAUUGUGAUAUUAUCUGUUGAAAGCGCAACAACAAUUGAAAACACUGUUGCAUUUGAAGAUCUGGAACUCGAGAGGUGUCUGAUGCCAUCUGUCAAGAAUGAAACAAAUGAUGACAGGAAACCAGCAGAAGACAAGGAUACACAGCCAGUUAUGGAAAAUGAUGAGGACAUUGUGAUACUAUCUGUUGAGAGUGCUGCAGAAAAGUAUGUCGAGCAUUUGAUUUCACAUGUCAUUAGUGAAACAACAAAUGAUAACACUGUAAAGUCAGAUGACAAGGAAACACAGUUAACUACAGAAAGGGAUGAGGAGAAUGUGGCGUUAUCAAUGAGGCAUGCAACAACAAAUGACAACAAGGGUUUAUUGAAAUUUGAGGGCAAUACAGAAGAGAAUAUGAAACACCCAAUAUCACGUGACAAAAGUAAAACAACAAGUGAUGGCAGAGAAACAUCAGGAAAUGAGAAAACACAGUCCACUGCAGGCAAUGAAGGGAAGGAUGUGACCUUAUCAAUUGGGGAUGCAGCAACAAAUAGAAAGGUUGAGCUUGAGAAUCAGAAACUCAAGACCCACACAGAAAAAUAUGUUGUAAGUGAUGGUACAGUAACACCAGAAGACCAGGAAACACAGUCCAUUACAGAAACGGAAAAGGAGCAUGUGAUGGUAUCAACUGAGCUUGCAACAACAAAAAACAACCAGAUUGCACUUGAGAAUCGGAAACUUGAGGCACACACAGAAAAAUAUGUUGAACGUCAGGUUUCACCUGUCAAAAGUGAAACGACAAGUGAAAACAAAGAUAUACCAGAAGGUAAGGAAACACAGUCCAUUACAGAAAAUGAAGAGGUAAAUGUGGUGUCAUUCCUUGAGAUUACAACAUCAAAUGACAACGAGGUUUCAGAACCUGAUGACUAUGUAGAAGAGAAUGUUGAACAUCUGUUCAUUUCAGCUGUUAGAAAAAACACUAAUGACGAUACAGCAAUAUUUGAAGACCAUGAAACACAGUCAAUUGCAGAAACAAAUGAGGACAAUGUGAUGAUAUCUACAGAGGGUGAAGUAACACAUUCCAACAAGGUUUCACUGGAAGAUCGCAAACUUGAGUCCCAGAUAAGAGAGAAUUACAAACCAAAUAUGUUAUCUGUAAAGGAGAAAACAAGUAAAACCAUAGCUUCAUUUCAAAAUCGGGAAGCAACAUCCAAUGCAGAGAAAUACGAUAAACAGCUUGCACCAUAUUCAAAAAGUGAGCCAGCAAGUGACAAUUUGUGUGCAUCUAUAGAUGAGGAAAUGAAGGCUCAAAUAGACAGCACCAACAUACUUCUUUUGGAAGACCAGGAAAAAAACUUCACUGUGGAAAAACAUGAGAUUAUGAAUGAAAAAGACAUGUCUGUAGAUAGAGACCAGGAAAGUGUUUUCACAGCAGAACAUGAAAAUAUAACUACACUGCCACGAUAA